AUGAGUCCUCUCCACUCCGCCGCCGCGGGGGGACACGCCCACUGCGUGGAAGCGCUCCUCAAAGCCGGCUACGACCCCAACUUCAUGCUGCACCCGAGGGUGCGCCGCGACUACGCCGACGAGCGCCGGUCGGCCCUCUUCUUCGCCGUGUCCAACAACGACCUGCAGUGCGCCCGCUUGCUGCUGGAGGCCGGGGCGAUGGUGAACCAGGACCCCGUCAACUGCCUGCAGGUGGCUCUCAGACAGGGCAACUACGAACUGAUCAACAAUCUGCUGAAGUUCGGGGCCAACGUGAACUACUACUCGCGCGUCAACACCACCCACUUCCCCUCGGCGCUGCAGCACGCCCUGAACGACGAGGUCAUGCUGAGGAUGAUCCUGAACCACGGCUACGACGUCAAGCGUUGCUUCGAAUGUCCGUACGGCGACGGCUCACACGACUACGCCCCCUGGACGACCUCGGUCACCAAGGACAUGGUGUUCUGCGAGGUGAUAACGGUGUCCUGGCUGAAGCACUUAUCGGCUCAGGUGGUGCGCAUCAUGCUGGACUACACCGACCACGUGGCCUUCUGCACCAAGCUCAAGGACACCUUGGAGGAGCAGAAACAGUGGCCGGAGAUCUGUCACCUUCAAAGAAACACACGGGGCCUGAAGCACCUGUGUCGGCUGCGGAUCCGGGAGCAUCUCAGUCGCCUGCGCUUGAGGGGUCCGGUUUUCAUCAACUACCUUCCACUUCCUCAGCGGCUGAAGGAUUACCUGCGCUACAAGGAGUUUGACGUCUACAGCAGGGGCAGCGUCGUUAGCCCGCGCUGA